CAAGUCUGUUCGUUGAUCGAACAGCGGUUUCGAUUCCGCUUUUUCCCUGGAACCGGGCGGGAGAACCGGUCAAACCGGAAGAACUCGCAGUCCGUUUCGUUGUUUUAACGCCAUGGGAGAGACUGGUGCAGCGGAGGAGGCUUGGGCGGAGUCUGAAUGGCAGGAUGCUGAAGCCUGGCAAGAAGGUGAAGAAGAAGAACUGAUAGAGGUGGAGGACACGGUGAUCAUAAUUGACAAUGGCUCCGGCCUUUGUAAGGUGGGCUUCUCAACUGAGGAGACGCCUCAAUUCAUUUUCCCUGAGAUCAUCGGCCGUCCCCGAAACGUCUGGAAGGAGAGGAGUCGGCAGAAGGGGCACCCCCUUCAGGACUUCUACUUCGGAGACCAGAUCAGCCCUCAGCUGCAGAGCAAGUUGGCCAUCAGCUAUCCCAUGGAGAACGGGGAGAUCGAGUCUUUUGAAGACAUGGAGCGGAUGUGGACCUACAUCUUUGAGGAGAAACUGAAGGUGGACCAAGAGCGCUUUCCUGUGCUCCUCACGGAGCCUCCCUACAACCCCACGGCCAAGCGGGAGAAGAUGGUGGAGGUGAUGUUCGAGACCUUCGGUGUGCCUUCGUUGAACAUCUCGAUCCAGGGCGUCUUGGCCUUGCUGGGCCAGGGACGCACCACCGGCCUCGUCUUGGACAGUGGCGAAGGCGUGACGCACUGCGUCCCGAUUUACGAUGGCUAUGGCCUCCCACACUGCAUCAAUCGCCUAGACCUGGCAGGGAGGGAGCUGAACACCUUGAUGUGCAAGCUCCUCGCGAUGGAGGGGAAGUGCCGCUUGACGACCACUGAACAGCAGUGCGCAGCACGGCAAAUGAAGGAAGACCUUUGUUACAUCGCCCAGGAUCCCUCCAGCGAGGUGGCGGAGUUCGCCGACUUCUCGCUGCCCAACUCGGGGCCCACGCUCCAGCUGCAAGACGAGCGCUGGAAAUGCCCCGAGGCGCUGUUCAAUCCCUCGCUUGUGGGCCUUGAGUGCACCGGAGUUGCAGGAAUGGUUUGGGAUAGCAUCAGCAGAUGUGAGGUGGACAUCCGCAAGACGCUUCUGGGAAAUGUGGUCCUGUCCGGAGGUUGCACCAUGUUCCCAGGAUUUAGUGAACGUCUCACCAAGGAGCUGAAGAACUACGCGCCGGCGGCGGCGCAGUGCGACAUCCGGGUGCUCAAGAGCAAAGAUCAGAUCAGUGCUGUCUGGACGGGUGGCCAAGUCUUCGCCAGCUUGCGAGAGAUGCAAGAGGACCUCUGGAUGUCAAUUGAGGACUACGACGAGCAUGGUGCCAGUCUGAUGCACGAAAAGGUGGCCGUGAAAUACAGCUGAGCGUGCUGCCUGGAUGACAUUGUUUCCUUUUUUUCGUGGACGAGGUGGAAGAAGUUCUGAUGACGAUCCUGUACGCGAAGGCUGCCAAUGACUGACCCUUGGGGCACUACGCCGUGACCGCUGUGCCCCAAA